UCCUUGAACAAACAAGCUCUGGAAAUCAAUCUUUCAGGCACACCCUUCGGCUCAGUCUGAGAGUUCUCUAGUGGAGAACACACCAAUUUUCUGUAAUUAGUGGAAAUAUAAAACUAGUUGGUAAUUCUUUUGUUACUUUCCGCCAUGGCGUUACAUUCGGUGGUCACGAUGGAGAAGCCGAUGCAGCACAUCUCGCUGACGGACUGGUAUGCCCGGGUCAACCAGAUGCGCAAUAUUGCCGAUGCCCGGCGGUCGGAUGCCUUUGCCAUCCGUCACUCCUCCCGGUCGCUGAGGAAUGAGACCAGGAUCGAGGGCGAUUGGGCCAACUACGAGACCAAUGAGAGCCUGACCGAUCGCAUUUCUGAGCUGAACCGCUGGCGGGACAUCCUAGAGAAGUCCUUCGAGCGCAUCAUUCGCGAGAUUGACAUGCUGCAGGAGGAGAAGAACGCCACCGAGCGAGAGCUGGAAGCGCUGGCGGGACCCAUUUCGGUGAUUGCCGAGUGCCUCACCAUGCGCGACGGCCGCCUGGGCUCUGAGAUCACCUACGACGAGGCCGACACAGAGAUCAAGAACGAGCUGGCCGUGCUGGAGAACAACCAGCGACUGCUGGCGGAUCGCUGCCAGAAGGCGUGGGAGAAGCUCUGCCGGCUGGAGGAGGUGCGCUUCAAGAUCGGCCUGGAAAUUGAGAACAAAGUGGAGGCGGUGGAGAUGGACAAGUCGCAGCUGGCCCUCGACCGCAACUCGGCGAAUAUCUCCUACAAGCCGGAUCCCACCAGGAACCCCAAGAACUCGUGCUCCUACGAAACCUGGCUGGAGAACGUCAAGAACAUGAAGCUGCUGGCCGAGAACGAGCUGGCCGACACAUACGCCAUCCGGGAGGCCCUGUUCGUAUGCCGCGAGAAGGCCCGCAACAUGCUGCAGUCGCAGCAGGAUCGGGCGGAGCACAGCAUCCGCAAGCGGAUCUUCGAGACGCAGCGGGCCAGAAACGAACUGGAGUGGCAGCAGCUCAAGAUGAAGGAGGAGAUGGAGAAGGCGGUGUGCGAGAUUCGCAACUCGGAGCAGGCGCUGCGCGACAAGACGGAUGCCCUGAAGCUGGCCGAGACGCGCCUCGAGAACCGUGCCCAGCGCUCCGGCAUGGAGCUGUGCAUGGACCAGGCCCACGACAUGCUCUGCCUGGAGGUGGAGAAGCUGCGUGAGAUCCGUCGCCGGCUGAUGGCCAAGAUCGACGAGAGCAAGAGCAACUUCAACUUGCUGGAGGAGCAUGGCAAGCGCAUCGACACGGAUCUGGAGAACAAGCAGCAUUCGCUGAUGACCGACAUUCGGGCCCUGGACCUCCGCAUGCGCCUGAAAGGCGGCGAGUUCGGCGCCAAGACGACAAAUCCAUCGCAAACGGACAGAAACAUCACGCUGACUCGCAUGGAGAAAGAGAUACCCAAGGACUAGACUGGACUAAAUGGUUUUUAUCACUCGUAUUCGAUGUGUUCCCUGACUUGCAUUCUGCGUUUUCAAUUGUCCAAAAUUUUUGUGAAUAAAUUCGGAAGGAUUCCUAA